UAAACAGUCGACACCCCAGCAGACCAGUCGCUGUGUGGCCUCCGUUGCGUGCAGCUGUCGACGCUAUACGCUCCGUGCCGGACUCUCUCUCUCUCCCUCCCAUCUCUUUUAUUCCUUUUGAUUCAAUCAUUCAAAACGUGAAAUUCUUGUCAAUGAUUCAAAUUUCAUCGAUUUCGUGAAUAUGUGGUGACACAUCGACGAAAUCAAAAGGAAAGGAAAUAACUUGUUUGGCCAGGAGUGUGCACCGUGGACACUGGACAUUCAUUUUUUUUAAAUCCGCGCAAGCUAUUAUGGCCACAGGCUGAAAAGAAAUCCAAUUUCAAAUUCAAAGUGCUGUUUUUUUUAAAUUUUUUUGAAAAUCCCGCUCAUUUUUUUAAAGCGCGAAAUUUAAAUUUUUUUAAAUUUUUUUUUCGUUUUUUUGUUUGUGUGUGAUUUCAAAUGGACUACUGGACGGAUAUUUCAACUUCCUCCUGGAUUUGACGUCUCCAGCUGGGAAAAAUAAAACUCUUCCGGACCGUCCGCCCCUUUUUUUAGCUUCCCCCCCGCCCGCCCUCCUCCAAGUGAUUUGUGUUGUCGUGCGUUUCUGGUUGGUUACGUAUGGUGCGUCUGUUUGUAGUGCAAGUGAGUGAGAGUGAGCAGUGUGCGACUAAAUACAGUGAGCUAUAAUACCUGGAAAUUUCCAAAAAAUUCAAACAAAACCCAAAAUUAACUGGAAUCCAGUGACAAGGUAAAAUUUAAAAAAAAAUGGAUACGACUGGGCAGGAGAAAAUGGGCCAGCGGAUGAGACGGAUCCGUCCAUCCACCACCACCAGCUCAUCGUCAAUGAUAGUUGCCGGUUUGUUAUUGACGCUGUGCUGUCUCCUGGGCAACGCCUCUGCCACUUCAUCAUCUUCCAGUCAUCAGCAGAAUCACGAAAUGACGUGGGCCAACAGCAGCAAGCCGGCCGCACUGGAAGACGGCCAGUGCCAGGAUGGUCUCAUCAUCCCCAUGUGGCGACCGUACACCAACCUGAGCCUGGGCGACCGCGUCGCCCGCGGUCUCGUCUACUUCAUCGCCAUGUGUUACCUGUUUGUGGGCGUGUCCAUCGUGGCCGACCGGUUCAUGGGCGCCAUCGAGACCAUCACCUCCCAGGAGAAAGAAAUCCGCGUCAAGAAACCCAACGGCGACGUCCAGAUCGUCGUCGUCCGCGUCUGGAACGAAACGGUGGCCAACCUGAGUCUCAUGGCCCUGGGCUCAUCAGCUCCGGAGAUCCUCCUGUCUAUCAUCGAAGUCUACGCCAAGAAUUUCGAGGCCGGCGACCUGGGACCGGGCACGAUCGUGGGUUCGGCGGCCUUCAACCUCUUCAUGAUCAUCGGCCUGUGCGUCUACGUCAUCCCCGACGGUCAGGUGCGCAAGAUCAAGCACCUGCGCGUCUUCUUCGUGACGGCCACCUGGUCCAUCUUCGCCUACGUUUGGCUCUACAUUAUUUUGGCCGUCAUCUCGGUCGGCGUCGUCGAAGUCUGGGAGGGCAUCCUGACCUUCCUCUUCUUCCCCAUGACCAUCCUGACGGCCUACAUCGCCGACCGACGCCUCCUCUUCUACAAGUACAUCUCCAAGCAGUACCGCAUCAACCGGCGUGGAGUUAUUGUCGAGACCGAAGGGUUCAGCAACCAGAACGACAUCGAAAUGGCCAACAAACGAGCGGACGGACAGCUGGGCUCGCCCGGCGGCGUCGAUAAUUUGGGGAUGAAGACGUUUGAUGAGGAGGAGAUGAACGACGACGUCAGGGAAUUUGAGGAGCACCGACGCGAGUACAUUCAAUUGCUGAGGGACUUGCGCAAGAAACAUCCCGACCUGGACAUGAGAGCGAUUGAAGCCCUGGCCAGGGAAGAGCUGGCCAACAGCGGGCCGAAAAGCCGGGCCUUUUACAGGAUCCAGGCGACUAGGAAAUUGACAGGCGGGUCGAAUUUGGCCAAAAAGGCCAUGGAUCGGGCCACUAGCGACUUGUCGCAGGUGGUGGCCUCGCCCAGCGUGCCGGACUCGAGACUGGGCGUGUCGGAAGGCAAGAUCCGCAUCUACUUCGACCCUGGACACUACACGGUGAUGGAGAACGUGGGCGAGUUCGCCGCUUCGGUCCGACGGGACGGCGGAGAUGUGACCCAAUCGGUCCAGGUCGAUUACAAGACCGAGGACGGGUCGGCCAACGCCGGGACGGACUACAUCGCCGUCCAGGGGACCCUGACCUUCCUGCCGGGCGAAACGCUCAAGACCUUCAACGUUUGCGUCAUCGACGACGACGUCUUUGAGGAGGAUGAGCAUUUCUACAUCCGGUUGAGUAACGCCCGUCCCGCCGGCAGUCUCGGGUCGGGACGGGUCAGCCGCAGCGGAAGUUCCGUCUCCAACAGCGCUGGAAAGUACCGGCGCGAGCUGGCCCAGAGCGGUGGCGUCACUUCGCCCGUCAACGGUGAAGUGCCGGCCAACAAUUCGUCGUCGUUGAGCGUCCAGCAGCAGCAGCCGGCCAACGGGUCGUCCUCUUCGGCCGCCACUCGGAGCUUGAGCGCUCCGGCCAUCCAGCAGCAGGCCGUUUCGACGCUGUCGGAGGUGGACGUUGAGCUGGUGGCCCCGUUCCUGGCCACGGUGAUGAUCCUGGACGACGAUCAUUGCGGCAUCUUCAACUUGGCCGACAAGGACGUGGAAUUGGUCGAGUCGGUCGGCACCUACGACGUCAAGGUGCUCAGAUGGAGCGGGGCCCGCGGCCGAGUGGCCGUCCCCUACCGGACCCUGGAAGGGACGGCCAAGGAAGGCAAGGACUACAACACCAACGUCGGCGAGGUCAUCUUCGAGAACAACGAGAUCGAAAAGUACAUUUCACUGCAGAUCCUCGAGGAGGACAGCUACGAGAAGGACGUGCUCUUCUACCUGGAAAUUGAUGAACCCCGACAGUUGGGAGAUACUCCAACGAGUCCCGAUGGCCUGACCAAUCGUCCGGCCGAGGUGCUCAGCUACGACCAGAAGGUGUCCCUGCUCGGCCGGCCCAAGCUGGGCGAAAACACCCGUCUGCAAAUCCGUGUCAAAGAAAGCAAAGAAUUCAAGAACACGGUCGACAAAUUGGUGCAACGAGCCAACGCCUCGUUGGUGGUCGGAUCUUCGUCGUGGAAAGAGCAGUUCAUCGAGGCCAUCACCGUUAAUCCAUCAGAAGAUGAAGAUGAAGACGGCGAAGCGAAAAUGCCUUCCUGCGGCGAUUACGUCCUCCACUUCUUGACGCUCUUCUGGAAGAUCCUCUUCGCGUUCGUGCCUCCGACAGAUCGUAUGAAUGGGUGGCUUUGCUUCGUCAUAUCCAUUAUAUUGAUCGGCGUCCUGACUGCCAUCAUUGGCGACGUCUCCUCUGCCUUUGGCUGCUCGGUGGGACUCAAGGAUUCCGUCACAGCCAUCGCCUUCGUGGCGCUGGGCACGAGCGUUCCAGACAUGUUCGCCAGCAAAGUGGCGGCCGCUCAGGAUCAGUACGCCGACGCGUCGGUCGGCAACGUGACGGGAAGUAAUGCCGUCAACGUCUUCCUGGGCAUCGGCAUCGCCUGGUCCAUCGCCGCCAUCUACAGAGCCUAUCACGGCGAAGCCUUCGUCGUGCCAGUCGGAAAUCUGGGCUUCUCGGUGGUGCUCUUCUGCAGUUUGGCCAUGAUCGCCUUGCUGGUGAUGAUGCUGAGGCGUUCCAAAGCUAUUGGCGGCGAGCUGGGCGGUCCCAGAGGUUACAAGAUAGCCACCAGCUGUUUAUUCGUCUUCCUCUGGCUCUUCUACGUUCUCAUGUCCUCGCUCGAAGCCUACGGUUACAUCAACGUAUGACAACCUCUGCUGUUUAUCACAGGUUUCUAGAUAUCUCUGUAUAGCAGAUGUAUAGGAAAAGAUGUGCGGACCGCCAGAA